GUUUCGAACACACACCUCUCUCUCUCACACACAUAUAUUCUCACUAGGGAAGAUAGAAUGUCUGGCCUUUGGGCUAUUCUCGUUGUUUUCUUAGCGUUCAUGGUCCUAAGCGUGCAAGAAACAAAUGGUGCAGUUCCAAGAAAGCUUCAAAGAGAGAUCAACUUAAUAAAUAGUAACGGUCCAUAUGUGGGGUUGGUGAUACCCAACACCUUUGAGAUGAACCCUCUCCUUCAAUCUCCAUCCUACAUUCCUAACGAAAUCAUGUCAUACAUUGAUUUUUCUGGGAGGAGAUUUCGGUUCGGUACUAUUGAGGGCAAGAAGGUUAUAUUGGUCAUGACAGGGCUCGGCAUGAUUAAUGCAGGUAUAACAACACAGCUGUUGCUAAGUUUGUUUAACAUAGAGGGAGUAGUGCACUAUGGAAUAGCCGGAAAUGCAAACCCAUCUCUCAACAUUGGAGAUGUAGCUAUCCCUAAGUAUUGGUCCCACACAGCUCUUUGGAAUUGGCAGAGGUAUGGAGAUGGCCCUGAAAAUGAACUAGCUCUUGAGGUGAAUGGGGACUACACAAGGGAAUUUGGGUACUUGAAAUUUUCAGAUUACACUACAGUAAAUGAAACCAAGACCAGGAGAUUGUUUGAGAAUCUCUUGAACAAUGUUUGGUAUCAACCAGAAGAAGUGUUCCCAGUAGAUGGGACCCCUGAAAGUAGAGAGCAUGCCUUUUGGGUUUCUGUUGAUAAACACUACUAUGCAAUUUCAAAGAAGUUAAAGGGUUUGAAGCUAGAAAGUUGCAUAAACUCCACCACCUGUUUGUCAAACACCCCGAAGGUGGUAACCGUUCUCAGAGGAGCGAGUGCAAACAUUUACCUCGACAAUGCCGCCUACCGGAGCUUCAUAUACAACAAGUUCCAUGUCAGCCCAGUGGAUAUGGAGAGUGCUUCUGUCGCGCUCAUAUGCCUACAACAACGGGUCCCAUACAUUGCGUUCAGGGCCCUAUCAGAUCUUGCCGGAGGAGGGUCUGCAGACUCGAAUGAGGCGGCCACCUUCACUUCUCUCGCCGCCACUAAUUCCGUUACGGUUGUGAUUGAGUUCAUUAAGGAGCUGUUUGUUUCACCAGUUACCUCGGUAAUGUAAUCGUAAUUAGGCCGUUAUUGCGGUUUACUUUACCUAUCACCUGUUGUUAGAGGAAACUGACUUCCUAUGAUGGUGUUUGUUCUCGAUGUAUGCCUUGGUAUUAGCAGAAUAUGAGCCCUUGUGGCUCUUUAAAUAAAACUGGGUGAAUGUCUAAUCAUGUAAUAACA